CAGUCAUCGUUUGCAUUGUAUUAACCAUUGAUUGUCUCAAGAAUUGUGGACCAAAUGAGACAAAACGUGUUUAUAGUGUCCGCACCCAAUGUGUGGAAAGGCAUCGACUCUUUGACUCCCGUGUGGAUCGAUUCCAGUGGUGACACUCCGAAGACAUUGUACUUCAUUGAUGUGAAUGACAGUCAACUCUACGAGUGUGUCCGACAGACCAACAAAUUUCAGUCAUUUUUCCUCCAAAACACUGUCAUCUCAGAUGGCAAUUACUAUGUCUUCACUCCAGUGGAUGUGGUGUUCAUUAUAUUGCCGUUUGUUCUGAAAAAACGAAAACAAUUUCACUCUUUGUUUGAGAUUCUGAGCGAUGUUUUGGUCGACAAAGAAAUGGUGCCGAAGAUCGAGACAUCACUCGAUCCGCAGAUAAUAUCCGCAAUUGUGGACAUAAAAUAUAUUAACGAAGAAAUGUAUGUCCGCUAUAAUAGUCAGAAGACAAUGGAGUGGUUGUCGAUAAAGAUUGACAAUACUGUGGAGGCUUUGAGCAGAAAUCAAAUCAAUGUCUCGUCGAGUGGUUGUAAAGUUAGUGGUUAUAAGAGUGGCAAAGAAGACAUCACUCAAGAAAAGGGUUAG